UUCCCCUUUUGAUCCGGAAUCCCCUCGUCUUGCUGUUAUCAGCAGCCGCUGGGGUCUUGGCGCCGCACCACCUGUGCCUUAUCGCUCCAGCCCAUCAAAUCUCUCCCGAUCUUAUCAACCCAGCGCUCUUUCUCCUCCCAUCCACUAUCAGCGCCGUCUCCUCAUCUUCCCCAUCUUCUUCCCUGCUCUUCCGCCCCAUUUGCUGCCUCAAAGACCAUGGCGACCACAUUAGCUGAUCAAAAACGUCCUCAAUUACAGCCUGUGUGCCAGAAUUGCGGCACCUCCACCACCCCCCUCUGGCGCCGUGACGAACUCGGCUCCGUGCUCUGCAACGCCUGUGGUCUUUUUCUGAAACUACAUGGGAGGCCUCGUCCGAUAAGCCUCAAGACCGAUGUGAUCAAAAGUCGCAACCGCGUCAAGACCGCUGGUCAAGGCACCAAGCGCAAGUCCGGUGGUGCUAUCGAUACCAAUGGUCUCUCUGCCUCCCGAUCCGAGGCAGGAACUCCGCCGCUUGGGUCGCAUGGCAAUCGUCGCGCGUCGCGUAAGACGUCCCCAGGCCAUUCCGACCGAUCCAACUCGCCGGUGCCGCGGACGGAAACCCCUGGUCUGCCUCCAGUGCAGCAACCGCACACCCAAUCGCUGCACAACUCCAAUAUCGCCCCACAACAUUUGUUCGACAGUGUGACCAUCGGUGACCAUGGCAUGAAUCCGCCAAAUGCUAUGCCCUCGGCUCAGGUGCGCCAGCCUUCCCCGACGUCGACCUCGGCGGUGGGCGACCGUCACCCCGAUUCUCCCCAGACCUAUGAAGGUCUCCUGGCGGCCAAUACAUCCCUCAAGACGCGCGUAAGCGAGCUGGAGUUCAUCAACGAACUUUUCCGCGGUCGCGUCGCGGAACUCGAGCGGAGCGAUGCGACCGCCCGCCGGUCUGAGAUGAUUGUUCGUGACUCGGAGGUCCGUCUGCGACGGUCCUUGGAGGAGGCUCAACGGCGUGAGGACGAUCUCAAACAGCGCGUUGCCGACCUGGAGCGGCAGCUUGUGGACAAAACUCCCCCCACCAAUGCGAACAGUGACAGUCCGGGUGAGCCCCUAGCCAAGAGAAUGCGAUUGUCGGACGUGGUUGAACAACCCGCCGAGUCCCCAACCAAGUCGCCCAAGAGCGUCUAACCCUGGAAGGCCGCGUUCAGUCUGUUGGACGCGAGCGUUUCGCGCCGUCGAUCACAACGUGCAUUGCGCGCGUUGCUGAGGUCUCUGGUCUGAUCUUCCUUGGUCUUUUUGAUAC